ACAGACGUAUGAUUUAACUUUAAGAGGUAGCUUACCAAAAGGUUGGAAUAAUCGGCUCUAAACCAGUGCAACACAAUCGAUUACCCACGAUAUAUCGCAACACGCUCCUUCCUGGUAUUUUUUAUUCAAUGGUCACGAGUGACAGUUGUAGUGAAAGGGCCACUGCAACCAAAGAGAGAAAGAUGAGCGAGAGUUUGUCCGUAUGUUAUGUCAAGAGGUUAAUUUACGUAAAAAGUUAAUUACGUUAAGAGGUUAAUUUACAGUAUUACACGGUAUUAUAUUUAUAUGAUUUAAUGUUGCUUGUGUCGUGAUAUUUUCAGAGAAGAGAUAAGGAUAUCACAUCAGAUAAGUAUCGUUGAAUAUAGAAAAAUAUAUCUAAAGAAUGAAGAAUUCGAAUGCUUUGUGUCGUUUUUAAUCUUUGCAGUUAUAGAUCUAAUAAUUAUGAAAGAGAAGAAGAAGGACAGAGAACGAGAAUAGAAAAUAGAAUGCAGACAGAUGAAGAAGAAGAGGAGACUGAGAUAGACAAAAAGGAUGUAUGAAUGGCGCACCAAAACUUAGAUGCGAAGAACUUCAAUAGAGUAACCGCUUUCUCACUAAUAUCCUUGAAUUUGGUAUUUUGCGGCUUUGCCGUACGAGGUCUUUAAGAUUAAUUCUAGCAGACGACAGGACGGUGACUGUAGCAGACAGCGUGUAGUAGUGUCGCUCGUGGGUAUUCUGUAGAGUGAACAUUUGAAUUAAAGAGUGAGAGUAAAUAUACGUUGGAAUUACGACGUGAAAUCGUUUAUUGUCGAACAAACGAACGGAAGUCCGUGUUCCCUACGAUGGAUCCUGAAGCGUUCUUGGAUAUGGCCAACCAGGUCAUUAAGCUGAAAAUGUUCCCUUACUUCGACAUUGCGCAUUGCGUACUGUGCGCGCUGCAUGUCAGGGAGGACCUAGGACCCGGUGCGCAAGCUUUUUCUCGAAAGCAUCCUUUGUCAUGUUGGCUGUCUACAAUGUUGGUUGUUUUUGCAAGUGGAAUGUUAUGCAACGGAUUAUUAGGAGAACCAAUUCUUGCACCAUUAAAAAAUACACCACAAGUAGUAGUUGCAACCGUCGUUUGGUAUAUGAUCUUUUAUACACCAUUUGACAUCGGUUAUAAAAUAGCUAAAUUUUUACCGGUAAAAAUAGUGUGCGCAGCUAUGAAGGAAAUUUAUAGAUGUAAAAAGGUAUACGACGGAGUUACUCAUGCAGGAAAGCUUUAUCCAAAUGCAUAUCUUAUCAUGAUUUUAAUAGGAACAUUGAAAGGUAAUGGAGCUGGGUUUACGAAAUUAUUUGAACGUCUUAUACGUGGCGUAUGGACACCAACCGCAAUGGAAUUUAUGCAGCCUAGUUUUCCUACAAAAGCAUCAAUGGUUGCAUCGAUUAUUUUUGUACUAGAUAAAAAGACUGACCUUAUUUCUGCACCUCAUGCUCUCGUGUACUUUGGCAUUGUCAUCUUUUUCGUCUACUUCAAGUUAUCAUCAAUUUUACUUGGCAUUCAUGAUCCAUUUGUACCAUUCGAAAAUCUAUUCUGCGCCUUGUUCCUGGGAGGAAUUUGGGACUCUCUAGCUAAAUUAUUGGGCCGUGGUCAAGCUAAAGAUGAAAAGACAGAUGCAAAAAAAACAAAUUAAAUAAUAAUAAGGAGAGAGUCAAUAUACUAUUUUUAGAUAUUAUAAAAUACAUAUUCCCGUAAAAUCUAUUAAUCAAAUUUUGUCCUGCAUCUUUCGUUGCAGAAAUUUGUAUAUAUAAUAAAAUGUUACCGAAAAUUUGAUUUUGUUAUAAAAUUGGUUCAUCACAAAAAAGUAUUAUUUAUGGCAGAGUUUGGUAAACUAAGUACUUUUCUGCCGAUUUUCGAGAGGUUUUACCUUGCGUUGUCUUCCUUGCCUUGUCGCUGCACGCGAAGCCUACGAGUCUCUCGAGCGUCAGAAGAGCGUUUUCGUAUGUCGCGCUGUGGAAUUUAUAGAAAGGAAAACAAUAAAAUGACUUGUGAAUAUUUUGUUUUAAAGAUACAAUAUAUUUUAUCCAAUUUUUAUUUUAAUUGUGAAUAUUUGCUUUCAAUAAUUUUCCACGUCACCUGAAUUAUCAAGUACUAUUACCGACACGUUUUUUUUUUUUAAUGAUCUCUAGUAAGCUUAUUCUGCUGAUAACUGAAACGACUAACUGAUUAGACAGAAGCAGAAUAAACAAUGACAGGCACAUAGUGUUUUUUGCUUACGAUUUCGAAAUUCAGAUUGAAUUUGUCAGAUUUUUAUUGUCUUUUUGUACACAUAUAUGCGGGAUAUCACUUAAAAAAGAAUGCAUCAGCUAUAAUAUCUCAUUGGUGACGUGGAUAAUUACUGAAAACAAAUAUUCACAAUUAAAAUAAAAAUUUGAUAAUAUAUAAGGUGUAAUAUAAGACGUCUAAGAAGAAAAAUACAAGCUCGCGGGCCUAUCACGCAGUGUUAGAUCUAAAACGUAGUCCCCACUUCUAGGUCUAUGAGAUAGGCCCGCGAGCAAUCGACAAUUUUCUUCGCCGGCCGCGGCGAGCUGUAUGUCCCGCCUGUCGCAUUGUGCGCUCUGAUUUUCCGAACUAUUUUAAUUAAUAUCUCGAAAUUUUACGUGAUUGUUUAAAAAAUGACCUCUACAAUAUUUGUUUAUUUUUAUUUGUUCUACUUGUAUUCUUCUCCUUGGACAUAUUAUACCUUGGACACCUUGUAUAUUGUAUCUUAAAAGAAAUAUCCACAAGUCAUUUUAUUGUUUUUCCUUCCCUGGACUCUACAGCGCAACACCCGGAGACGUGCUUCUGAUACUCGAGCGACUCGUAGGAUUCGAGUGGGGUGACAAAGGGGACAACGCGAAGCGGAGCCUCCCAAAAAUCGCUCUGAUUUAUGGAAUUAUAAAAUAAAAACUAUAUAAAUUAGUCACAUAAUAAAUAGACCAAUAUAUGAUCUUUGCCAAAUCAUAAAAAAUGUUGAAUAUACUCUAGUAGGAAUCAUAUACGUUUCGCCAGUACGGAAAAAUGGCCCAAUACUGGGUCGAUAUCGAAAAGCGGAUGUCCGGUUUUGGUACUGGCUCAGUACUGCCUAAUAUAAAAAAAACUGUAUUAUUGGUACUAGCUCCGUAUUAAGGUUAGAUAUUAGGUAGUCGUACCGUAUGUAUACUGGGAUGUUACCGAAAAGUGUUUGUCGUUUUCGGUACUGGCCCAGUUUAAAAAAGUGUAUGAUUGGUAUUGGUCCUGUUUGUAGUAUCAGUACUGGAUAUCCAAGUAAGAAUCGUAUACAAUCUGCCAAUAGCAGAUAUUAGGCCAGUAUUAUGCUGGUACCAAAAAACGGACGAUACCAGUGUUCUUUACGGGAAAACGGAAGACGUCACUAACGCGAAACCUAGAUAGUGGUAAGAACGCUUGUCUGACAAGCGGAAGACUCGAGUUCGAUUCCAGCCGUCGCUCCGAAGAUUUUUUCCUCAUAAGAUUAUUAAAAAUAGACCUGUAUAGGUACGAGAGCA